AUGAUGAACUCUUUGAUAUUUUUACUUGUAUCUAUAUCGUUUUCUUUAGAAAUUGAUAAUGGUAAAGUGAAGGGAUCAAUCAUUUAUAAUAGAACUGCCAAUACAACUGGAUGGAACUUUCUUCAAAUAAAUCUUGAAAGUGUGGAAAAUGACGAGGAUGUUUUCGCUACAGCCGGAAGAUACGAAGGCGAGGAAUCCAGAGAGGAAAUUUAUAAUGCAUAUUUGAAUUAUAUUUAUGGAAUUUAAGGAGGGAGACAUUUUCUACCGAAAUCGCUUUAGACAUAUGUGCAUAAUUAAUAUAAUUGGUUGAAAGAACAAAGUUAAUCUUAAAAUACGCCUUAUUGGAGGAUGGUCAAAUAUCUAUUGAUUUAGUUAGAAAAUAUGUAUGAAGGAUACAAUUAUCAUUAUGGCAAGACUGAAAAAGCCUUGUCCUUUGACUAGUUCUAUUAUCUCAGUAAUAUGGGAGAUCUUUAAGAUUUAUGGCCAAGUGUUGGCUAAGUUUAAACUCAAGGUAUUGGAAAUUGUAAUUCCUUUUAUAAACCAGGCAUAGUGGCACAUUCGACUUUUAAUGUGUAUCAAACUAUGCUCAGAAUUUAUAAAAGCUAUAAUUUUAAAUUAAAAGACAAAGAUGUGGUCAAUCCACAUUUAUCAUUUACAGCAAGACCAGGAGAUUUAGAAUCCAAGGAUGAUUUUUUUGUCCUUUGGGAUACUUAAAUGGUUGUGACAGAAACAUCAUUUAAUAAUUAUAAUAAAGAAAAUUAUGCCUAUUUUCAUUAUGAUUCAGUGCCUUGUUGGAUGAGAGCUAAUAUAGCAAGUAGAUUGGCAAAGACUCCUUCAGAAUGGAUGGAUAUUUUUGGGUAGCAUAGAAGUGGAACUCAUAAUAAUUAAUGGGUUGUAACUGAUUAUAAUAAAAUAUUCAUGGGAGAAGAGGCAUUCUUUCAUUAUAAGGUGCAUGAUCUAACAAAUACAUUACUAGCAUCCUAAGGAUAUGUGGCAUCUUAUAAUGUACCAUUGGAUUAAGAAAUCUUUGAUUCUUUAAAAUAUCCAAAAACUACCUCAUAUAAUGAUGAUGUAAGAGCAAGAUAGUUUAGAAUGUACCAAGGAAAUCUAAAAACAGUUAAAGAAGUAGGAAAAUUAGUUAGAUACAAUAAAGUUACUGCUGAAUUCGAUGCUUGCGAUGGUGCCUUAAGUCCAAGGUGUGAUCUAGGGAAUGGAUACACAUUCGGAGGAAUUGAUGGUAAGGUCAUUAGUCAGGACAUGAUUAAGAAUAAAAAGGUUCAUUUGAUCUCAAGUCCUUCCUAUUAAAAUCACGAUCCAUUUAAUUGGAAAGCCUAUCCUAAUAUUCCACAUUAUGGUAUGACUGACGAGUGGAGAUUCCCAUGGUAUGAACUUGAUGAAACCACCUUUACCAUCAAAGAGUUAUAUUUAGAUUAUUGACUAAUAAU